AUGGCUGCAAGGGCAUUUCUUUUAUUUUUGGUGGGUUGCACCUUGUUCAGCGACAAGAGUGCCUUCGCAGUGAGUGUUGCCUACCUUGAAUGUUUCAGAGACCUCAACUCAUGCGGGGGAUAUGCAUGGGGUGCUGCUGCGCUUGCUUACCUAUACGACAAUCUUCGAGAAGCGAGUAUGCAUCAGACUAGAACAGUGUGGGUGUAUGAGCAUUUUCCAGCAUUAUGUUCGAAUUGUUGUAGACUAUCUCAGAUUUAUGAUGAGGACUAUCCGAGAGCACUUAGAUGGAAGUUAAAACGGGAUAAAGGUUUGGUUAUUCCAUUUAGGAAAGCACUGGACGAGAUAAAAGUUUCACAUAUAACUAUGAAGGUUUACUCGAUGUAA